ACACACACGCACAUCCCGGUGAAGCCUCCAUGUCGUAGCUCUCGGUGUGUGAUCAUCAGUUGGUGAUUUCUCUUCAGUCUCUUUCUUUUUCUCGGAAUAUCGUGAUUGCUUAUUGUUUCCUGCCUGCUCCAUUUCCACACACCGUCUGCUGUCUUCUUCUCACCACAGCUGAACAGGCUUUGUUUCGUUAUUAAGACGAGUGUAUCCCUCUCUGGUGAUUUUUUUUUUAAUUAAGGAGGAGGAUAACAGCGUUUAAAUCUGCGGAAUGUAUAAAUGAAAUAAAUGACAGGAUACAUGGAGACAACACAAGACUGCGCUUGUCACAAACUUGUUCAAGGGAAACCAGGGGGUCUCUGGAAAAGAUGGCAUUCUGGAGAAAAAAUACUCACAUUGAGAAGGAACGCCAUGUUAAAGCCAACGCGCAGGACUACAAUGACAAGUUCUCUUAUGCAGACAAUCACAUCAAAACCUCAAAGUACAAUGUCCUCACCUUCCUGCCCAUGAACUUGUUUGAACAGUUCCAGAGGGUGGCAAACGCUUACUUCUUAGUGCUGUUGAUACUGCAGUUAAUUCCAGAAAUUUCUUCUCUGUCCUGGUUCACAACCAUCGUGCCUUUGGUGUUGGUGCUGGUAAUCACGGCUGUCAAGGACGCCACAGAUGAUUAUUUCAGACAUAAAAGCGACCAGCAAGUCAACAACCGCCAGUCUCAGGUUCUCAUCAGGGGAAGUAUGCAGAGUGAGAAGUGGAUGAACAUUCGAGUGGGAGAUAUCAUCAAAAUAGAGAAUAAUCAGUUUGUUGCUGCAGACAUCCUCCUCCUCUGUAGUAGUGAGCCCUAUGGACUGUGCUAUAUUGAGACUGCAGAGCUAGAUGGAGAGACGAAUCUGAAAGUUCGUCAGUCUUUGACCGUCACCUCAGAUAUGGGAGAUAUUGCAAAGCUGAUGGACUUUGAUGGUGAAGUCAUUUGUGAGCCACCAAACAACAAGCUGGAUCGAUUCACAGGCACUUUAUACUGGAGAGACAAUAAAUACCCUCUGGAUAAUGAGAAAAUGCUGCUGCGAGGCUGUGUACUCAGAAACACUGAGUGGUGCUUUGGGAUGGUCAUCUUUGCUGGUUUGCAAACCAAACUCAUGCAGAACUGUGGAGGGACUCAAUUUAAAAGAACAAGUAUCGAUAAACUGAUGAACACUUUGGUUUUGUGGAUCUUUGCCUUCCUCAUUUGUAUGGGAGUUAUUUUGGCCAUUGGAAACACUAUUUGGGAGAGCUGGAUUGGCAGAAACUUCCAGGUGUUUUUGCCGUGGAAUACGUUUCAGAGCAGUGCAGUUUUCUCUGGCUUCCUAACCUUCUGGUCCUACAUCAUCAUACUCAACACUGUUGUGCCCAUCUCACUCUAUGUCAGUGUGGAGGUUCUGCGGCUCGGCCACAGUUACUUCAUUAACUGGGACCGGAGGAUGUACUGCAGUCAGACGGACACUGCGGCGGAAGCUCGCACCACCACCCUGAAUGAGGAGCUGGGUCAGGUGGAGUUCAUCUUCUCUGACAAGACGGGCACCCUCACCCAGAACAUCAUGGUCUUCAGCAAGUGCUCCAUUAAUGGACAGACGUACGGUGAUGUCUACGAUGAAUUUAAGCAGAGGGUUGAAAUUACAGAAAAAACAGCCUGUGUGGACUUUUCCUUCAACGCUCUCUGUGACAGAAGGUUUAAGUUUUAUGAUGGCAGCCUGGUUGAAGCCAUUAAACUGGAGGAUCCUGCAGCUCAGGAGUUCUUUAGACUGCUGGCUUUGUGCCACACUGUCAUGUCAGAGGAGAAGAGUGAAGGAAAUUUGGUGUACCAGGCCCAAUCACCUGACGAGGGAGCCCUGGUCACUGCGGCGCGAAACUUUGGGUUUGUCUUCCGGUCCCGAACCCCCGAGACCAUCACACUGUGUGAGAUGGGACGAGCCGUCACAUACCAGCUGCUGGCCAUACUGGACUUCAACAACGUGCGCAAGAGAAUGAGUGUCAUUGUAAGAAACCCACAGGGCCAGAUUAAACUAUACUCCAAAGGAGCUGACUCUAUUAUCUUUGAGCGUCUGGAUCCAUCCAGUGAAGACCUCAUGCACACUACCUCAGAACAUCUCAGUGAAUUUGCUGGAGAAGGGCUUCGAACAUUAGCUCUGGCCUACAAAGAUCUUGAUGAAGAUUAUUUUGACGUUUGGAAGAAAAAGCUUCUGUUCGCCAGCACUGUAAUUGAGAACCGUGAGAGUCAGCUGGAUGUUCUCUACGAGGAGAUCGAGCAGGGCUUGAAGCUUCUAGGAGCCACAGCGAUCGAGGACAAACUUCAGGAGGGAGUCCCAGAAACAAUCACCUGUCUAAAUCUAGCUGACAUAAAGAUCUGGGUCCUCACAGGAGACAAACUAGAGACAGCAAUGAACAUCGGCUACUCCUGCAACAUGCUGCGAGACAACAUGAAUGAGGUUUUUGUUAUCUCUGGCCACACACUGCUGGAGGUGCAGCAGCAGCUUAGGAGUGCUAAAGAGCACAUUCUCGGCCUGAGUCGAGUUGGCAGUGCAGGAGAUGUUGAGAAGGCAGAUAUGUUUUCAGACGACUCUGUGUUUGAAGAAAGCAUCAUUGCAGAGUAUGCCUUAGUCAUCAAUGGACACAGUUUGGUUCAUGCUCUGGAACCACAGCUGGAGCACGUCUUCUUGGACUUGGCCUGUUUGUGUAAAACAGUCAUCUGCUGCCGGGUUACUCCGAUGCAGAAAGCCCAGGUGGUGGAGCUGGUGAAGAGGCACAAGAGGGCCAUCACUCUUGCCAUUGGAGAUGGAGCUAAUGAUGUCAGCAUGAUCAAGACUGCUCACAUCGGUGUCGGCAUCAGCGGUCAGGAGGGGAUGCAGGCGGUUCUGGCAUCAGAUUACUCUUUUGCUCAGUUUCGGUACCUGCGGCGGCUCCUGCUGGUGCACGGACGCUGGUCCUACUUCCGCAUGUGUAAUUUCCUGUGCUAUUUCUUCUACAAGAACUUUGCCUUCACGCUGGUACACUUCUGGUACGGCUUCUUCUGUGGUUUCUCAGCUCAGACUGUGUAUGACCAGUGGUUCAUUACCCUCUUUAAUAUAGUCUAUACAUCUUUACCAGUCCUGGCGAUGGGACUUUUUGAUCAGGAUGUCAAUGACCAGAACAGCCUUCGCUACCCAAGCCUUUACAAACCUGGCCAGCAAAACCUUCUCUUCAACAAACGCCAGUUUUUCCUGUGCACACUGCAGGGGAUUGGCACAUCAUUCCUGCUUUUUUUUAUUCCCUACGGAGCCUUCACUGUCAUUGUGAAAGAGGAUGGCUCCCACUUUUCUGACCAACAAUCAUUUGCUGUUACCAUAGCAACAUCCUUGGUCAUCGUUGUAAGUGUUCAGAUUGGACUUGACACGCACUACUGGACAGCUGUCAAUCACUUGUUCAUAUGGGGGAGCCUGACAGUGUACUUUGCCACAUUAUUUGCAAUGCAAAGUAAUGGCAUAUUUGGAAUCUUUCCAAGUAAUUUCCCGUUCAUAGGCACGGCACGUAACUGUCUAUCAGAGAAGAGUGUGUGGUUGGUCAUUCUGCUCACCGCUGUGGUGUGUGUUGUACCCGGCUUAGCAGUCAGCUUCCUGAGAGUAGACCUCUUUCCAACUCUAACAGAUAAGGUUCGUCAUCUCCAACAGUCAAGGAAGAGACAAGGACCUCAGGAGCAGAGCCUGAGGCGAGUACGCAGGACGAGCUCCCGCCGCUCUGCGUAUGCCUUCUCCCACCAACAAGGCUACGGCGAGCUGAUUACCUCAGGCAAAAACAUGAGGAUGAGCACAGUUUCUUCUGCUCGCUCCCCUGAAAGAACACCACAAAGCUCCACCUGGAUAGAAAAUAUUUUACAGAAAAAGAACGAAGUCUCUGAUGAAAUCACAGCUCAAACAGCAGCAGCACACUGACUGAACUCGACCUCUGACUAACAGAUAGUGUAUUCACUACAGGAUCCCAUAUGCAUGGUUCUCACAGACCAAGCACAAGUUUGGGUGUCCUUUGGGGGCAAAGUUAUGUUCAAAUCCAACUACACAGGCUUACCUCAUUUUUCUUUAUUAGUGUGGAUCAUGUGGUCUCUGUUUAUGUUAAAGGUCAAUCAAAACAUGAUUAUCUAGAGGAACCAUUUACAAAAAAAGGCCAGCUGGUUAGAAGAUUAUAAUGGACAACUUUUUAAUCUUCAUCAUGUAAGGUGUUAUUUAUAUUUUAGAACAUUAUGCAUUAGUUGCCAAAAUUAAAGAAAUAUGUGUCCUCCUGUUUUAACUGAUCCAAUUUGAUCUGGUUGGUGCAUUUAUUCGAUAUCAUUUUAAUGACAUGUCCUAUUUUGAUUAAUAAAGAAAGGUUGUGACAUUUCAGCCUUUAGCUGUCACAAACAUAAUAAAUGACAAAAAUAAAGUUUGCCCCGAGCACCAGUACAAAAAGUUUAUUAAUAAUAAACGUCCGUCUAUUAGCCUAUGCACUAAAAAUCUCCUCUCAACCAUCCAAAGUGCUAAACUACAAAUGUUUCUGUAAAUACUGAUGUAAAGCUGCUGAAUAUGAUAAGCACAACUUCAUUAUUGAUUUAAAGGUCCCAUGGCAUGACAAUUUCACUUCAUGAGGUUUUUUAACAUUAAUAUGAGUUCCCCCAGC